AUGGCCCAGCAGCAAGAUACACACUUCGCCUUUCUUCCGCUUGGAGCCAUCAUCCAGGAGUUCCGAGUUGCUGGCAAGAAUAUCGUGCUUGCUCUGCCUGAUGAAGAGGCAUACAGGAAGUACAAUGCGCCGUACUUUGGCAGCACCAUCGGCCGCACGACCAACAGGCUCAAGGACAGCGUUGUAAAGAACCUGAACGAUAAAACGUACGUUAUAACUUCCAAAGAAGGGCCCAACUCUCUGCAUGGAGGCAAAGAAGGAUGGAAUUCUCGAGUUUUCGAUGGUCCAAAGCCUGUACAUAGAAAGGGCCGUGAAUCUGUCGAGUUUAGGUACACCAGCAAGCACGGUGAAGAGGGAUAUCCUGGCACCGUUGAGCUGCGAGUCUGGUAUAUUGCUGGACAGCAGGACGGGAAAACAGAGCUGGAGAUUGAAUACGAGGUCGAGUUCAUAGGCUCGGAGUGCGAGGAGACGGUCGUGGGGGUCACAAACCACAGCUACUUCAACCUGAGCGACGACCGAACAAUCAACGGCACUGAAGCAGUGCUGUCGACUGAUAAAUAUCUGCCGACUGACUCGACGGGCAUUCCUUUGGGAACGAUCGAGUCCUACGGCCCACUGAGAGUCACGGAACCCUUCGUGAUUGAUGACAAGUGCCCUGACUUUGAUAGCUGCUUCAUAGUCGAUACCAAUCCCCAGGAUGUCCCAUUAGACACCCGGCCUAGAGAUCUCAAGCUCCUGGCAUCCUUCAAACACCAGGAGUCAAAGAUGCACCUGGAAGUCCUCAGCACUGAGCCAGCAUUCCAGUUCUACACCGGCCAACACGUCGACGUCCCACCCGUAGGCAAGUACCCAGCCCGAGGCCCUCGAUCGGGAUUCUGCAUUGAGCCCAGUCGAUAUAUAAACGCACCCAAUGUCCCAGAGUGGCAGAAGAUGUGUCUGCUGAAAAAGGGGCAGACCUGGGGUGCGAGGACGCUAUAUCGCUCCUGGAAAGGGUGA